AUGGCGCUGCUGCUGCCGCUGCUUCUGGCCGUGGCCGUGGCCUUUGGGCCCGCCGGAGCCUGUUCGUGUCAGGAGUUCGCCUGCUCCCAGGGUUCAUGUGUGGCCGAGGACUCCGUGUGUGAUUUCACUGACGACUGCGGAGACGGCAGCGAUGAAAACAACUGUUCCACGUACACGAGGUGCGACUUUGAGGAGGAUUUCUGCGACUUCGUCCGAAACCCAGAGGAUAUUUCUGGAUGGAACAGAACCACAGAGGUCCCAGGACUCAAGCACGACCACACAAACAGGACUUCAGCAUAUUUUCUGUCUCUGUCACCUGUUGGAGGAAACCAAACCACAGCAGACCUGUACAGUCCUCUAUUCCAGCUCAGUCAGACCUGCAAGAUGAGUUUCUACCACUACGUUGGGACGAGACAUGGAGAUCUGCAGGUGCUGGUUGUGAGCGAUCCAGCUGGUCGGAGCUCAGAGGUCUGGAGACUUUCCGCACAGAGGCCAGAGUGGCUGCGGACACAGAUUCAGGUUCCCAGCGAUCAAAACUUCCAGGUGGUGAUUCGAGGGAGACUUUCAGGCGACGGCGAGGCCUCUGAAAUCCUCGCCAUCGACGACUUAUCCUUCAGUCCCGGCUGCAUGAUUGUCCCUGAAGCUGAGAGCAGUUCGCCCACCGCUCCCGCCUGCCCCCCUCUCUGGUUCGCCUGUCAGGACGGGAAGUGCAUCGAGGAGAGCAGAGUGUGUGACUUCACCCGGGACUGCCCUCGCGGAGAGGACGAAGCCGGAUGCCCCUCGGAGUGUAACUUUGAGGACGGGUCCUGUGGCUGGUACGAGCUGACACUGGGGGACGGCUUUGACUGGGUCCGCGGUUCAUCUCCGGAGGUUCCUUCUGACUACUAUGGCCGCCCGCCUCCACUGGACCACUCUACAAACACCAGCGAAGGUCAUUUUAUGUUCAUAUUGAAAAACAGCAGCAGUCUGUAUCCGAGGGCCGUUCUCCGAGGACCCCUGUUCCAGCAGUCGGCCUCUGGCUGCACCAUGACCUUCUGGCACUACAACUCUGGUUUAUCUGUCGGAGCGGCCGAUAUGUACCUUCGAAUUGAGGGAGAUGAAAACAUUGUUACUAUAUGGAGAGUGCUGUAUGACCAAGGGCCUCACUGGUACCAGGCCACCGUGCAGCUGGGACGCAUCAACAAGCCCUUCCAGAUCGCCCUGGCGAAAAUCAGCCUGGGUGUGUUUGACGGCGUCUCCGCGCUGGACGACAUCACCUUCAGGAACUGCUCCAUGCCGCCAGCGGCGGCGGAGUGCCCCACGGAUACGCACUUUCACUGCGUGCACACCAGGGCGUGCGUGGAGCGCCUGCAGGUCUGCGACCUCGUGGAUGACUGCGGGGACGGAUCGGACGAGGAGGGAUGCUCUCCAGAGCUGCAGUGCAACUUCGAGGACGGGCUGUGCAACUGGAAGCAGGAACACUGUGGGGAAGACGUGUUCGACUGGGCCCUCAUCCAAGGCCCAACUCCGUCCAUGAACACGGGCCCCUGGAAGGACCACACGCUAGGCACCAGCCACGGACACUACCUGUACAUCGAGUCCUCGGUCCCACAGGCGUUCAAGGACACGGCCGUGCUGCUGAGUCCGGUCUUCCAACCCACCCACCUGCAGCGACAGGGCCAAUCCAAGUCCCGCCAUCACUGUGCUUUCCGCUUCCACUACCACAUGUACGGAUUGCACGUGUUCCGUCUGGCCGUGUACGUGAGGACCUACGCCGCCGGCCGGGGUCAGAUGCUGUGGGUGCGAUACGGAAACCAGGGGAACCUGUGGCACAGGAAGACUCUCUACAUCAGCAGUGCCCGGCCGUUCCAGAUUUUAAUCGAGGGCACCGUUGGAGAUGAUUUUCAUGGAGACAUUGCCAUUGAUGACCUUUCCUUUCUGGACUGUGACCCUUAUGACGGAGAGCUCCCCAAACAGAAUUCUACAAUCCCCACAGCGACCGCCCCGACAGUUGAGCCCCAUUACUGUCGUGAAGGAGAAUUCGCUUGUGGAAUACGUGAAGAGUGUGUUCCCGUUCAACAAGUGUGUGACUUCAGACGGGACUGCUCUGACGGAUCAGAUGAAUUAAGUUGUGUGAAGGAGAGCUGUGGUUUUGAAGGCAGCGACACCUGUGGUUGGUUGAUGCCUUCGGCCGCAAGCCAUGCAUUCAGCUGGUCACCUAAUCAAGGCGAAAGCAUUCAUGAAGGAGAGGAGUACCAUCGUCCUGUUCACGACCAUACACUUAACAGUCCAGAGGGUUGGUAUAUGAAUGCAGACAGUUCUAAUGGCGGCUACGGUCAAGUCGCUGACCUGCAGACGCCUGUCAUCUCCUCCACUGGGCCCCAGUGCACCCUGGUCUUCUGGUACCACAUGAACGGGUUCACUAUCGGAUCCCUGCAGGUGCUGCUGAAGCGAGGAAAUGCCACUCAGGAGGUUUGGUCUCAGGCUGGUAACCAAGGCAACAAAUGGCGACGGGGAGAAGUGUUCUUGGGUUUAUCAAACAACUUCCAGGUGGUGUUCAGAGCCAAGCGUGGGAUCAGCUACAUGGGCGAUAUCGUGAUCGACGACGUCAGCUUCCUGGACUGCUCCCCACCUCUGCCUUCAGACCAGCCGUGCACCUCCGAGGAGUUCGCCUGCACCAACGGCCACUGCAUCCCUCAGGACAACCUGUGCGACUUCAUCAACCACUGCGGGGACAGCUCGGACGAGGACCCCUACAUCUGCAAGGGCUUUAGCGGACGCUGCAGCUUUGAGUUCGACCUCUGUUCUUGGCGCCAGAGCAGAGACGAUGACUUUGAUUGGAUGAUCAAAGCAGGCAGCACUCCCACAGUGGGAACGGGGCCAUCCAGCGACCACACCCUGAGGGACCCGUCUGGACACUACAUCUACCUGGAGAGCUCCUUCCCUCAGAAGUUUGGUGACACCGCCCGAAUAAACGGACCCUUACUGAGCCGCAGGAGCGCCGAGUGCAAGAUGCGUUUCUACUUUCACAUGUCUGGAGAGGGCAUCGGGACGCUCAGCGUGUUCAGCAAAAGUGAAGGACGCCGCCGAGUCCUGCUGAACCUGACGGGCGACCAGGGGAACUACUGGCAGCUGAGGGAGAUCCCGCUGAGCUCCUCUGCCGACUUCCAGGUCAUGUUUGAGGGAAAGGUGGGCCGGAGUCAGAAGGGAGACAUCUGCUUGGAUGAUAUCACCUUUUCUCCGGGCUGUCUCCUCGCCUCUCCGAGCGAAUCGUCGUCCAGCCCUCCUCCACCUCCUGCAGGGUCCUGUCCUUCGGGGCUUCUGCCUUGUGAGAACGGCAGGUGUUACAGCCGGAGGCAGAGCUGCGACUUCACGGACGACUGCGGCGACGGCACCGAUGAGAAGGAUUGUGGGACGUCCUGCUCGUUCGAGAACGGCCGCUGCGGAUGGAAGAGCUCGCUGGCUGACGAGUUCGACUGGAUGCUGGGUGCCGGAUCCGUCCAGAGGAUACGGCCUCCGUACGAUCACACGCUGAUGAACGAGAGCGGUCAUUUUGUGUUUCUGGAAGCGACCCCAGUCGGACUGAAAGGAGACAAAGCCCAUAUGAGGAGUUCUGUUUGGAAAGAGUCCAGCGUCACCUGCAAGCUCUCCUUCUGGUACUACAUUUCCCACAUGGCCUCGGGAACCAUCCGACUGCUCAUCAAGACGGAGGACGCUCUGUCGGAGGCGUGGAGUAAAACGGGGCAUCAGGGGAAAGAGUGGUUCAGAGCGGAGGUCCCGCUGAGGAGCCUCAGGAACUUUGAGGUGAUAUUUGAAGGCAUCCGCUCCAGCGACAUGAGCGGAGGAGCGGCCCUCGAUGACCUGGAGUUCACCAACUGUGCCCCAAGCGCCUUGGAGCUGCUGCGCUGUCCUGUAGCCACGGAUUUCAUGUGUAGCUGCGGCCGCUGCAUCGAGUCCCACCUGGUGUGCGACAACAAAGCCGACUGUGCUGAUGGAUCUGAUGAGAUAGACUGCAACCACCUAAUUGGCUCUCCCGGUGCCUGUGAUUUCAACAUGGAGGCAGAGGAGUGGGAAGAAAGGUGCCAGCUCUUCCAAGACUCUGACGACGACUUUGAUUGGCGGAUCAGUCACAGGACGCACACGUUCGGAGCCGGACCGCACGCCGACCACAGUCCAGAUGGAGGCGGGAACUUCUUGUACAUACACUCUGCAGCUCAGAGGGAGGGAGACGUUGCCAAGGUGACGUCCGGGCGUCCGUUUCCCGCCAGCAUCGGCCUGUGUCACCUACGCUUCUGGUUCUUCAUGCACGGCUCCCACAGGAUGGGGACACUGAAGGUCUACACUGUCGGACCGAGCGGCGCCCCCCUGUUGAUGUGGGCCGCCACCGGUAACCAUGGCAACCAGUGGACGUACGCUCACGUGGUCCUGUCGAACCCAGCGCCGUUCAGAGUGACCUUCCAGGCGGAGGUGGGCGGAGACAAGUGGACAGACAUCGCUCUGGACGACAUCUCCUACACCGCCGAGUGUUCGAGGGGAGGACCCGUAACUCCUCAACCUCUGACCUGCGCCGCCGACCACUUCCAGUGCGAGCACCUGCCUCAGUGCGUCCCAGAGAGCUGGCGGUGCGACGGGGAGCCGGACUGCGUGGAUCAGUCCGACGAGGAGCGGUGCCCGGACGUGGUACCCGGGACCCUCCCCCCUCAGGAUCUCUGUCCCGGCGGCUUCUAUCAGUGCUCCAACAGCAGCUGCAUCCCUUCCAUCCUGCGCUGCGACGGAGUCGCCGACUGCCCCGACGGAGAGGACGAACACAGAUGCCCGGCUCUGCUGCAGUGUCUGCUGGGAGAGCUGGUGUGCGAGACGUCCUCAACUUGUAUCCCACGCCAUCAGCGCUGUGACCGCUCGGCCGACUGUCCGCCGUUCCACUCAGACGAGUCCAACUGCCAUGAUUGCCCUCCGAUGUACUGCCUGGAUCGAGGCUCCUGCCUCGUGGACCAACACGGGCCUGUUUGCGUGUGUGAUCCAGGAUGGACUGGAAACCGCUGCCAUGUGAGGGAGAAACCGUCCCCCACCUCGCCACACACACCGGACGACCUGCAGCUGGACGCCGUGUACGUCGGCAUCGCCAUCGGCCUGCUGCUGCUCGUUCUCGGCGUCGCCGUGUGUAUUCUGGCCUUCUGCAAGAAACAAUGUCACUGCGUGAGGUCCGACCCGAUGGAGUACGGGAUGAUGGACGACCCGGACGACGACUCCAGGGCGGAGCUCCCCUCCAUGCGUGCCGGAGCAGGCGGUUGUCCUCGCAUUAACCCCAGGUGGAGUGACGGUCGGGGGCUCUCCAUCAGCGUCUACCCCUGGAGGAGGGAGGCUGGGGGUUCAAACGGGAAGGAUGCCAAGCUGUCCUUCUCCAACCCACUGUACAAUUAACCCCCCGAUGCUAAUGACGCCGCCCGUAAAGACCCAGUCAGAAAAACGAGGAGCUCAACUUUUAUAUCCAAGGUUAUUGUCUUGGCAGCUUGCCUUUGUUCGGAUAGAGCCGUGGAGACGGACAGCAGAGGUUGGAGCCAAGUCGGAGCCGAAGCGGGGAUUCGUUCACAUCUUUGACCAUGUGCUGCCUGUUCGCCGUCAUCUCUCCCUCAUGUCCUUUUAGCAUCGACAGUUCAUUCCCUCUGCAUCAAACUGGAUGAGAUUGUUUUAGUUUGCUGCAAACUGGGGGAGGAAAUGUUGAUGGUGAUGUUGUCAUGCUACUUCUGCCAUGAAAACUCCUUUUUUUUUAACAAUUUCA